UCGAGGUUUACGUAAUCUGCAGACGCGAAAUCGUUCAAGAUGGUCUCUUCAGAUUUUAGAACAGACGUGGACCUAGCAUGCAGGGCUGCAGAAGAAUUUGUCAACCUUUACUAUGAGACCAUUGAUAAGAGGAGAAGGCAACUGAUCAAGCUUUACACGGACACUGCAACCUUGGUAUGGAACGGCAAUCCAAUCUCAGGCCAAGAUUCUCUUGUUGAGUUUUUUGAAAUGUUGCCAUCCAGUGAAUUUCAAGUGAAUAUGUUUGACUGCCAUCCUGUCCAUGAACAAGCUACACAGGGACAGAAAACAGUUCUGGUUGUUGCCCAUGGAAUAGUAAAAUUUGAAGGAAACAAGCACCAUUAUUUCAAUCAAAACUUUCUCCUGAGUCUUCAUGCGACACCAACCAACAGUGUGUGGAAGAUAGCCAGUGACUGUUUCCGCUUCCAGGACUGGGCGGGCUGAGGCAACCAAACUACCUUUCAUGCUUUCUACUCAAAUGACUUUAGCUAAAAAAUAAAUGUACAUGGAGUAUUUUUUUUUUUGUUGGAAAACGUUUCUAUUUUUUCGAUAUAUGCAGAAAACUGCAUUUUUUUCUAUUUUUUUUUUUUUAAAUCCAAUAAUUAAAGUUAUUCUGGAAAGAGUCUUGUUA